CAGUGACAUAUUUAGGUCAACAUCUCAUUUUGGAGACUAGUUGUGGGAAUAGGUUGUGAGGCCAAAUCUUUGUUAGACAAAGUCUAGGCCUACUUCUAAUCACCUUGCUUUUGCCUUCCUUUAACACUUCAGGCUGCACAAUAAUCUUCAGUGAUUAAGGGUUUAGUGAAAACAUAUUUGUGUUCAGCUGGAUGUGAGUUUAAUGGCUCGUAUCACAUUUCCUGGACCCUGUGUAGGGCCAGAGAGGUGCCAGGUUCAAGACUACCCUGCAGUCUGCACUCUCUUACUGUAGUAUAUGAACCUCAGCACUGGAUACGCAAAGAGACAUGCAGUAUCAUAGUAUAGUAUAUACCUGUUGAUUUCUUUCCAUCUCCAUCCUUUAUCUACAAUGUAAAUUCCCUUCCCUCUAUUUCUUACCCUGGUACAAGAUCUGUUUGUGCUGCCAUGCCAACUCCUAGGGUCAUUGUCAAGUACUUUGAUGUUACAUUUGCAAACCUAGUUUUGUGUAGGCUACAGGACCACCAAGGAGUUAUCCCUCUGCAUGAGUAGCGCUAUCUCAGAGAAAUGGAGACAAGGCGACUGAGAAGAGACAUUGAAGCCCUUCUGGGAGAUUACAUUGGUCAGAAACUGAGAGAGAAUGGCUUUGACCCCAAGGGGAAAGGAUCCACUAGCAUGCUGGAUGACCUGGCACAUUAUGACUUGGCCAUAAGUGUUGCCCUUUGGUGGCUAGAGAAAGAGGAGCGACAUGAUGUGAUGGACAGAGACAUCGUUGGAGUGGGCAGCCCAGGUUAUAAUGACCAGUACCCCAACCACCUGGAGAGAGAAGCCAUGAUCCUUUCCUCCUUCGCUGGGAUGAUCCUGAAUAGCUUGCCUGUAAAAGACAUUCUUGCCCUCUACACCACCAAACCGUCUGCCGCUUAUCCCCACCAGCACUCCAAGAGCGCCAUUGUUCAUCCCUUCACCUUGUCCUAUCACCCGUUUGCCAUGCUGGGCUCAUUCAAGGCCGUGGACCACUCCAGAAAGCACACCCAGAAUUUGAAGCGGUGGCUGUCUGUGCAGGGUAAACGACGUGCUGCCCCUGAUGGACGGAGGGCCUUGGUGCAGUCCUCCUCAUCCACAUCUAACUCCUUCCUCUCUGACAGUGGUGAGUCCUUGAAGGAACAAACAGAGCAUUAUGAAGUAUCACAAUAAUCUCUACAGGAUUAAGGAAAGUCCUCUCCUCUUCUGUGUUACUACACCAUUAUUAUAUUGUUAUUACAUGGUUAUUACAGGGUUAUUCCUGUGUUAUUAUACUGGGUGAAAUGUGUGAUGUCCCUGUUAUGAGCCUGCUACUACUGGACCUUCACAUUCAAGGAACCCUGGCCAAUAGUAAGUAUCAAUCCUCCAGUGUGUUAUCAUAUCACUAGGGGUUUCGUCUAUAUUUGGUUGUAGCUCAGACCAUGUCCAUCUAUAAGCAAUACAAAUGUUUGGCUGCAUCAUAGACAUUACUGUACACACUUUACUGUACAAUAAACCAUUCACUGUCUGUAACAAAGUUGCCUAGUUAAAUAAAGGUUAAAUAAAAAAUUUAAAAAGACAUAUGUAUAUCAGUUAUGUGACAAUCAGGCAUGU